ACAGAAGAAGAAAAAGAAAAAAAAGAAGAAGAAGGAGAAGAAGACAGACGUUCGUCUCCAUUUGUCGUCAGUUCGCUGAAACCAUCGACGACCUGCACAACAAUCCUGUGCAAUAUCGAAGAACAACAAGAUACCAACUUACAAACAUGUGGGAUGGACCAGGGCCAGGGCAUGGACCACGGGGAGGACCGCCCUUUCGUGGUGAUCAUCGUGGAGACAGGUUUGGCGGCAGAGAUCGUCCCAUGCCUGAUUUUAGAGGUAGAGAUGGGAUGAACAUGGGGCCCAUGGGUCAUAUGGGCCCAAGGCCUCAAGAUAUGCCACCUAUAGACAUGAGAAGGAUGGAUGGGCCACCCAUGAGGGGGCGUGAUAUGAACCAAUGUGAUAUGAGAGACAGAGAGCAAAACAGAGAUUUUUCCAGAGCUGGAGAAGAGCCGGACUUCAGUCUAAGAAGGCACUAUGAAAUUGCCAUCAGAGACAAACUGAUGAAUUCUUCUGGUUUCCCGGGACCAGGCAGGAACUCGGGAGACAUGGGAGGGAGGGGUAUGCCGCCCCGGGAUCCAAACAGCAGAUUUAUGGACAUGAGAGACAGAGAAUCAUUACAAUAUGAUGUGCCACCGUUCAACAAACCCAAUGUUGAUGGAAGAAGAGGUUUUCCUAUGGAGCGCAACGAUGGAUUUAGGGACAUGCGUGACAGGCCUCCAGGGGGCAUUGAUGACGCUGAUGGCUAUAAUAUGGAUUUACCGCCCCGGGAAAAGAGAGUGAUGGACACUGACCGAAGAGGAGGGCCACCUUUCAAUCCAAGAGGUGGAUUUGAUUCUGAUAUGGAUUUCAGAAAUCGUCCGGGAGCUGAAUUUAGAGGAAGGGAUCGAUCUCCCUUACAAUUUGGAAACCAUGAUGUCCCGUCAGUGGACAGGGCAAGACCAAACAUGCCCACGGAAGUGGCUGGCCCUCAAAGAUCAGAGUUUAUGGGUGCAGAAAACAUCAUCCGAGAGAGAGAAUAUCCAGAUUCAAGUGGCAGCCCCCUGAUGGAUUAUCGAUGCGGUGAAGAGAUGACUCUUGCAGAGGAAUGGAAGAACCGUAGAAAGGAGAAGACUCCUCUCUUAGAAGUUGGUAAAGGUACGGGAGAUCCCCCAAAACCUAGCUUUCCUGUAGGUUUUGGCCGAGAUGUGAAUGUUAGAGAUCCACCACCGUUUCAGGAAAGGGAUAGGCCAUCUGUCAAAUUCCCGGGGAAAGAUGUUGGCUUUCCUCAUCGUGACCCCUUUCCUGCUAUAAAUCUACCAUCAAUUGCCAGCAAAGCUCCGCAAGACCAUCCACGCCAGGAAAUAAGUCUUCUUUCUGGCCCUCUUGGGAGAGCAAAGGAGAGUGAACCUUGGCUUGGAGAAAGGAACCCAAAGAAUAGGCAGAAUAAAUCAAAUUGUGACGAAAGGCUCCUUUACCAUCAAGAGAAGAAUCAGCCUUUGCAUGUUAUUCAGAAGCCAAGUGAGUGUUUCGAAGGGCUGAAAGAUAUUGCACACAAUCAAGGACCUGCCAGGGUUAAGAUGGGGACAGAAGGCGAAUUCCAAAGCAGCAGCACCACUGUACAGGCGAGGGAUCAAGACUACAGGGACAUCGAUUACAGAACAGGGCCCGGGAGGGCUUUUGAUUACAAGCACCAAGCACUUCCACCACCAGAGAAACUCAUCAAGGAGUCUAAACCAAUCACACCGCCAAAGUUUAGUGAGUCUGGUUCUAAGGAUCAAGAUUACAGGAGUGCAUCAGUGGAGGACAAAGUUUCCAAUACAAUAUCCAUAAUUGGUAUUCCAAAGACUGCCACAAUGGAGCAGAUUCUUGGUGCCUUUGCAGUCCGUGAUGGUGUGCCGAUGCAGGGGAUGAAAAUCAAAAAUGUUAUGCCAGGUUACAGCUACGAUACGGCCUAUGUGGAGUUUUUAAACCUCGAGGAUGCAGUCCACUUCAUGGAGUCCAACAAGGGAUCCCUAAAGGUUGGCACUAGAACAACAUCCAUGAAGUACAUGCAGCCAGAGGAGUGUGAAAGGAGUGUUCAUGAAUCAGAUCAUAAAGUACCUCAACUCCAGGAGCCCCAGUUGCCCAGACCAGAUGAGCCUUUAGACAAGUUGACGACCAACCUGGAUGGGUCCAAACUAAAAGGCCCCACGGAGCCAUUGUCCCACGGUCAGUGGCAGCGUAGUUCCGACCUGACUCCUGAGGCCUGGCAGCAGCAGGUGGACCUACAGCUCCAACAGCAGGAAACGGAUCAACAGGCAGAGUCUUGGGGCAACCGCAACCUUCCUCCUCCACACCAAUCUGACUCAGUCUUUAAAGACAGCAAAACCAUGAUAAUAAAAAAUGUGAAGCCCACCACCACAGUAGAGAUGAUCCUGAAAGCCUUGGAUCCCUUUGCGUAUCUGGAUGAAAGAAAUGUUCGCCUAGUCAAGGCCAAGCCACCAGGAGCCAAGUGUUUCUGCUUUGUUGACAUGGACUCCCAUGAGCAAGUGACACGCCUGGUUGAGCUCCUCACUAAACCCAGACCCCUUUAUGUUGAUGGAGUCAGAGUUUAUGCGGAGGUGGCAAAACCUUUGAAAAACCAAAAUUUCAGAAGAGACUUUGAUAAAACAAGCUGUUCCAUCCUUGGGUUUCCACCUGACACCGGCAUGAUGGGGCAACAGCACCCACAACCUCCACCUAACUUGCAACCUCUGCAGCCACCCGCAGGUGCCUCCGCUGGAAUGCAAGGUGAUUUCAUGUCUGGCAGCACUAAUCCUGCUCUGUCAUCAGACCCCAGCAUUGGACGGGGAGUUGGCUAUGGCGAGACUCCAGCUGUGGAUCCAUCUUUCCAGGCUGGUGGACCCCAUGUGCCCACAGAAUCAGCUGUCCCCGCAGAUGGAUCACAGCCCUACAUCUAUGGCUCUGAGAUUCCAGACAUGACCAACUACUUGUAUGAUUCCACGUCAGGCUUCUUCUACGAUCCUGAGACGACACUUUACUACGACCCCAGCUCUAGGUAUUUUUACAAUGCUCAAAACCAAGAGUACAUGUACUGGGAUGCUACGUCAAAGACUUACAUCCCAGUUCCAGGAGGCAAUCCUACAGCGACCCAACCUAUGAUCAUGACUGCUGAAGAUCAGGCUAUUCUUUCCAACCCAGCAGCAGACGCUCCUCUGGAAAUGAAGAAGGCAUUGGAGCCCCCAAACAAUGAAGAAGCUCUGGCACUAGUUCCCAUUCCUGACGCUGGCUCUGCUCCGGAGCCGGUCCCAACUUCGUCAUCAGCAACUCCCGAAAGGAAAGACGACGACGACUCCAAAAAGGACAUCGAGAAGCCAAGAAGUCUUGCUGCUGUCAAGAUCAUGAAAGACAUGGAGCGCUGGGCAAAGAUCCAAAAUCGUCAAAAGGAUAGUGUUCGUUCCACAUCACCGUACCUGAAGAUGGGAAUGGACGACGACAGGAGGCAAUCCAAGACGGCUGACGCCGGUUUCGCUAUCUUUGAGAGGAAGAUAUCAGGUGCAGAUGAUCUUUUUAAGAAGCCCCUUGCUCCUCUUAAGAAAGAUGAAAAGUCAAAGCGUCCAAUGGGCUCCCUGGGUCUGUUGGCAUCUGACUAUGCAGCUGGAAGUGAUGAAGAGGUUGAAGAAGAUAAGGAGGAUGCAGCUAAAAGCAGUCAGGGCGGCCAGGCUGAAGACUCGGACACCAAGCUGACAGACUGGAAGAAGAUGGCCUGCCUGCUAUGUAGGAGACAGUUCCCCAACAAGGACGCUCUGAUCCGUCAUCAGCAGCUCUCCGACCUGCACAAACAAAAUAUGGAGAUCCACCUUAAGAUCAAGAGGUCAAAGAAGGAGCUUGAGGCACUGGAGAACCAGGAAAAAGAAUGUUGUUCACAGCUGAAUUCCAGAGAACCUUCCAGGUCACCAGAACCAAAAAGAAGAAAACAACAACAGCCGCAGCAUCAUAAUAGCUGGGCUGGAAGCUCCAGGGAGAUGAAUAAAGGCAGUGAUAGACCUGGUUUAGGAGCUGAGCCUGUACCGUCGAAGAAAAAGAAAGAGCCUGUCGUUUGGGACCACACUACCUACAAACAAGCAGUACGCAAGGCCAUGUUUGCACGGUUCAAGGAACUCGAGUGAUCUCAUCUGAACACAUCUUCACUUUGAUAUGUAAUAAUUGUUAAUACGUCAUGCUUGCCCACCUUUAACAUGAGAAAUCCUUGUGACUGUCUUUCCUGUUCCUCUGCCUUGGACAUUAUUACACUAUAGAACCAGUUUUAUACAAUGAAAUUAAGUGAACAAAUAUGGUGUAUAAUUCACACUACAAGGCUACAGUGGAGCUAAAAACAAACAAAAGUAAAUAAUUUCACAUCCUCAACAAUGGAUGUUGUGCAGAUGUUUAUUUACAGUGUUGAUUUGAGUAUUUCUGCCCAUGUUUUAUGUGAAUGUAGAAUCUUUUUUUGUAUUGUUCUGGCCACAUUUUGUUUUAAAACUAAACAUGUUUUACAUUUUCCUUGGUCGGUAUUGCAAUGUUGUAUGUACACUUUUAAGUAAAAAAAAAUGAUGGACUAACUUUU